AUGACCGUCGGCGUCGCAAUCAUCGGAAGUGGCCUCUUCGCGCAGGAGCAGCACCUGCCAGCUGUGCAAGCUGCAGCAAACUUUGAGCUCAAGGCCAUUUAUUCACGUUCAUUGAAGUCAGCCCAGGACCUGGCCAGCACCACAUCCGGAGUCGAUCUCUACUCAGAGGAUUCGGGCUCUGGGAAAUCCUAUGCCGACAUCCUGGCUCGGUCAGACAUUGGUGCUGUGAUCAUCGCCAGUUCUGACUUAAAUAUUAGCCUACCAAUUCUGGUUCAACCUGAAUUUAUCAAGAAGGCUUUGACCGCAGGGAAACAUGUUCUGUCCGAGAAGCCCAUUGCCAAAGAUGUCGCCACGGCCCAGGAACUCUUGCAGUGGUACAAGAGUACCAUCGAUACUAGCAAGAUCUUCUGGGCUGUUGGCGAGAACUUCCGGUACCUGACCAAGUUCAUCUUUGCGGCAGAGCAGGCUUCAAAGCUUGGAAAGGUCAAGAACUUCCGUGUCAAUGUGCACAGUUUGAUGAAUGCCGAGAACAAGUACUUCCAAACUGCGUGGCGCAAGACGCCCGAGUAUCAAGGUGGAUUCCUCCUGGAUGGUGGAGUCCAUAUGACGGCUGGCCUGCGACUCAUUCUGGGGUCAGAGCGCCUCAGCGUCCUGUCAGCGCAGUCGCAACUACAGCAACCAUCCCUCCCACCAGUUGAUACUGUCGACGCUGUCCUCAAGACCGAGUCUGGCGCCACUGGUGUCCUCUCUUUGUCGUGGGGAUCAUCGUUCAGUGACCAGAUUUUCGAGGUAGCUUGUGAGGACGGUGUCGUCACUUUGAACUUUGAUGAUGUGACAGUCAAUGGCACCAAACAUCACAUUAAAUUUGACGGUAAAGGCGUCGCACCAGAAGUUGCUGAGUUUGCAAACUCGAUCAUAGAUGAGAAGCCCGCCAGUAGACAAUCACCCGAGGAGGCGUUGGCAGAUCUUGAGAUUUUGGAACAGAUGUUGCGGAGUGGCGAGAAGGAUGGCGAGAGGUUUUCGAGAUUGAACUCCGACUCGACAACUCUCGAACGCCCGGCGAGACCCAGCAACACCGACAAGAUGGUCGCCGCUAAGAAGCACAUUCCUAUCGUCAAGAAGCGCACCAACCGCUUCAACCGUCACCAGUCUGACCGUUUCAAGUGUGUCGGUCAGUCGUGGCGCAAGCCCAAGGGUAUUGAUAAUGCCGUCCGUCGCCGCUUCAAGGGACAGAUGGCCAUGCCCUCCAUCGGUUACGGUUCCAACAAGAAGACCCGCCACAUGAUGCCCUCCGGCCACAAGGCUUUCCUCGUCCACAACACCAAGGACGUCGAGCUCCUCCUCAUGCACAACCGUACCUACGCUGCUGAGAUCGGUCACGCCGUCUCUUCCCGCAAGCGUGUUGAGAUUGUCGAGAAGGCCAAGGCUCUCGGUGUCAAGGUCACCAACGCCAAGGGCCGUGUCACCACCGAGGCAUAA